CGCAAGCAGACUGAACUGAAAGAAAAGUUAGCGGCCGUCAGAGCAGCCCGUUCCAAACAGCUCUCUGCUACAGCAGACAGUGUUGAGAGCACCUUAGGCUGUCUGUCCAGCACAGUGGACUUCUCACAGAAAGUCGUGGAGCAUGGCAGUGACUUUGACGUCAUGAACGUGUACUCUGACGUCACGGCCCGGCUCGAGUCUCUGCUGAAAGGUCCAACCCCGGACAUUUCUGACGACAUCAGUUACGUCAGGUUUGAUGUGAAGACGGAAAGGAAUUCGAAAGAAAGGGAAAUCAUCUUUGGGGACAUUGUUGAUUCCACAUUCUGCACUGCCAAGUUCACCACCCUGGGCACCACCGGCCGUCUGGGCCCCACUACCAUGGGGAACCACUACAGGGGACAGGACCAUGAACACCUGGUGACGCUACAUGACGGGAUACAGCACUUCACUGUACCGGAGACGGGGGCAUUCAGCAUAGAGGUGGCAGGUGCUGCGGCAGGAUGGGGUAUGUACAACCCAAAGUCCGCCCGAGGACGGGGUGCCAUGCUAAAUGGAACAUUUACGCUUAAACAAGGUGAAACUCUAAAGAUCCUGGUGGGACAAGAAGGUGCUGAGAACAAGGCUAACUGGAGUGUAGGAGGAGGGGGUGGUACAUUUGUCACCAGGGGAGACAACAAGCCACUCAUUAUUGCUGGGGGUGGGGGAGGUUGGUUUGUUUUGGUGGGGGGUAUUGGUUACAGACCCAUAAUCCCCUCUGCAAUGGGACUGCGUCCACUACUGGUAACAAGAGCUAUGGAACAACUGGCUGCAGUGGAGGAACUAACGGACAGGGGGCAACAGAAGGGAAGAGUAACAACAUGGGCGGUGGAGGGGGAGGGCUGCUGACAGAUGGAGGGAGUUCUAAACGAUAUGGAGGCGACGGUUGUGAGAAUGGUGGGGAAGGUGGGAAGGGGUUUGUGAAUGGAGGAGUUGGAGGGUGUG